CUUCCCCCGGCGGGGCCGCCCGGGCCGGGCCUGGGGGCAGCAGCAGGCCGCGACCGGGAGGGAGGGAAAGAGGGGCGGGCGCUGCCCCCCCGCCCUACACCGAGGAUCCCCACGGUCGUCCCCGUCCCGGGAGCGGAAAUCCUGUCCUCUGAACAAUGAAGAUCUUAGACCCCGGCUAACUCUUAGACACGCAAACAGUUUGUGGCUCCCUCCUCACUCUCCUGAAGCAGAUGUUGAAGUUCUUUAGAAGGAUCUUCUCUAUUCACACACGGUGCCCGCGUGAGAACAGAGAAAGUUCCCAACGAUCUUGUGCCUGAGCGGUGAGCCAUGCUGGGCCGGAAAACAGGACUCCCCCACGACCUGAACAGCCACCGCCAGCUGAACCAGUCCUACCAGGAGGCUGUGCCCCUGCGGACCAGACCAUCCAAGGAGACAGAUGUCAGUUUGGAGGUGUUCAGCGGCUCUACGCCUGAAAUCAAACAGAGUCGCACCAGAGCCCAGCAGAUGCGGGAUAGGAAAGGUCGCAAAGCUGACAUCAAAGAGUCGAACGGGAGAGAGGCAGAAACAAUUACCUUUAUUUCUGGCACAGCAGAGGCUCCCCCAAACCAGAGCUUCUGCUGUUCCUCUCUGUCUCAGGCCUGGAACACAUACAAGGCUGUUUUCUGUUGUAUAGUGACCUGUGGGGGCUGCUUUCAGGACUGCAGUGUCUGUAUCCCCUACCCGGGGCCCGCUGAGACCUCCACUGAUGAUGGAAAGAACGGAGAUUAUAAUGGGCGACUGCCAAACAGCCCCGCCAACGUCUCUCCCACUGAGAAGAACGGGAACCAGAUCAAAAAGUCCAGCAUGGGUAGCAGUUUCAGUUACCCAGAUGUGAAACUGAAGGGUAUUCCUGUCUAUCAAAACAGGAGCCCCAGCCACCACCUGGAAUCGGAUUCGUGCUGCAAAGAGCUGCUGCCAGAGAAGCCCUUCAGGAACAGCAUAGAAAAGCCACCGCUCCCCAGCAGCCACCGCAGUUCGGAGGAGUAUUAUUCCUUCCACGAGUCCGACCUGGACAUCAGUGAGCUGAACGGUUCCAUGUCCAGCAGGGAGAUCGACGUCCUGAUCUUCAAGAAACUGACGGAGCUCUUCAGCGUCCACCAGAUCGACGAGCUGGCGAAGUGCACGUCAGACACUGUCUUCCUGGAGAAGACCAACAAGAUCUCGGACCUCAUCAAUAGCAUAACUCAGGACUACAACCUGGACGAGCAGGACGCUGAAUGCAGGCUGGUCCGAGGCAUCAUACGCAUCAGCACCCGUAAAAGCAGGGUCCGGCCCCAUAUUUCUAUCCCAGCCAGCCAGAGCCACGAGGAGAAGUCCAGCAGAGGCAACGCACCAGACAGCGGUAACGAAACGAUGCUGGAGUCCAUGGUCAUCAGCCAAGAUGAUUUGGCCGUGCAAAUAUCGGAAGAAACCCCAGCAGAUGUGAUAGCCAGGAAUAUGAGGCGGCACAGCAGCGCAGGCUCUCCAACAAGCAGAGAUUCUUCUUUCCAAGACACAGAGACUGACUCAUCUGGGGCACCUCUGCUUCAGGUGUACUGUUAAGGAAAAGGACCCAAGCAGCAGGCAGGCGUUUCGAGGCUUUGCUGCAAUCAGAUUUCUCCUCUUUCGAUACGGAGCGUGCUAUGCCACUUACUUCCCUCCCCCUCCCCCCCGCCCCAGCCUGCCCUGACCCUUUGUUGAAGCCAAAUUUCUCCUGCUGUCUGAAUCUCACCGGAUUUUUAAUAUUUUUUUUUUGUUGUUGUUGUUGGACAAUACAGAACGUCAAGGAAGUGAACUGUGGAGCUAAUGAGCUUGGGAGGUGGCAUGUGUGCCCAGGGAGGACAAGAUGGACAAGGAAGUAUCCGAUACCUUGUGCCUCUGUGAUUUCCAUAGUUCACAUUUAGCUUCAGCAACCUCAGUGGCCCAGCCCUUUCCCUGUUUUGAGGAUCUGUUGUACAGUUCUUGCUUUCUGGCAUUGCAUAAGUUAACUUGGGUAGGGAGUAACCGGAUGGUGUCUUUGUGUUUGUGCCGAUGCUGAGGUGAAGGCCAAGCACCUGCUCUCUAGGGACCCAAAUCUCUAGUUAAAGUGGCUGAGAUGGUCCUAAAAAAGGUAAGUCCUCUAUCCACGGUGUCUGCAGUAGCCAGACCUGCUUCCUUCCUGCUGCCCCUUAGUGUCGUCCUCUCCUUUUGCCCCGUAAGGAGAAGGUUCAGGUAACGUGGUUCAUUUAAUCUUUGGCCUCUUGGCGUGUCUCCCGAGAUAGUGCUGAUGGCAGAGGGGUGGGAUGUCUGGGCAGCUGCGCCACUCUCGUCACCCGAGACCAUGGGGACCAGCUUUGCAGUCACUGCCAGCCUGAUGUGAACGGCGGGCAGGAGGUGUUGCUGAUGGCAUGCGAUGACCUGUGACUUGCGUGCCAGGCAGCUCUUCCUCGCUCAUCUGCCAAGCCCUCUGCGUUUCCCCGUCACGCCGACUGCUGGGGCAAGCCUUGAACUCGGGUUAUGGCAGGUGAAGGAAAUAGUCGGUUCAUUUUUAGGUUUUUGUAAUUAAGAAUGGAGCUGCUUGAAGGGAUUUUCCAGCAGAAUAAGUCAAAGUGCCUUGCUUUGGAAGGAAAGCCUCCCUUGAGAGUGUCUCCAGGGGGGUCUGCGGGGAACUGCUUGGUCCUGCCUUUUGUCCUGCGGGCACUCGGCGCCUUCUCCCUCCCUUUGCUCCCCUCUAACAGCCGGGCAGAAGCAGGAGAUGUGGAAUCGCUGCCCCGAGGGCACGGCGCCAGGCGACCUUGAGGGCUGCAGCAUUGCAGCAGGAGGAAGCUGUAUUUUACCGGUGUUGCCACUUGGUUGUUUAUCAUAAAGUAAACACGUGAAGCCAUGGGACUUGUUUAUACAUUCGGGUGCCCUUGGACGUGAAUAGAAAAUGCUUAGUUGAAUUUACCAGCCGUAGAAUAAACCCACCCACUCUUUUCUGGGGGAGAGGGAAACCAAAAUAGGCCCCGUGCUUUGGUGUGGACCGUGUUUUUGUGCCUUAGUUGGACUGAAAUGUGCCUUAAUUGGAAUGAAAUGUGCCUUAAUUGGACUGAAAUGUGCCUUUAUUUCAUAGCCCGUGAUUACUCUUCAAAAGGUCGGGUAGGGGGGAGAGGAUUUAAUUCCUCACAUGAGCCGUCAGGCUUACUUAAAUCAGCCAAAGCCCUUUGAAAUGUACAGUUCAAGUCCCUGUUAGAGCCUGUUUUUGUAAACUGCUUGCGUUUCAGAGCGUGCUUUCAUAAAUCACGGACAUUAUUGAGACCACACCUUGAGACACUGAUGGAGAAUGAUUUUUGAAAAGAAAGGGGAGAGACUGAGACUUGGAUUUGGCUUCCCCUCCUCGCUUUGUUUUUUAAAGCUGGCGGUUUGUGAAAAAUCCCGUUUAUGCAAGGAAGAGACUUGAAGCAAGGCCAGCCCGGGACUCCCAGAGGGGCUGCGUUUGGGUCACCUCCUUCCGAAUGCCACACGUACCGAUGGACCCGUUUGGCUUUUCCUGCUUCUGAAUGGCUUCGUGACAUACGUAUUGGGACAAGUUUACUUAAACCUGUGCACUGAGGCGUCAGCAUGGGUCACGCUGACACGUAGCUCUGUGGUCUGGGCGCUGGAGCUUUGGAGGCGAGGGGCGAAAGAGCUGCCGAUCGCUAUUACAGAUGCAAUAGGACAUUUUUUUUAUGUUUAGUCUGUGUACCAAGAGUGAACGUGUAUGGAUUAAGCUUGCAAAAAAACCCCCCAAAAAAACCCCAAAAACUCACUAGGAGGAAGACUGUCAACUCGAUGGUCUCUGAAGCUGGUGCACCUGUGGUGUCUUACGGGAUUCUUUUGCACUCCUUGGCCUUAAACAUCU